AUGAGCACCAUCAUCACCGAUGUGAACUUCAACGAGACCAAAGCAAAGGAAAUUAAUGUCUGCGCAUGGGUUUUCACCGGGAUCGCGAUCGGAACUGUUUUUCUAAAACUUACGACCCGGGCACAUGUCAAGAAGCUGGGCUGGGAUGACUUUUUUAUUUUCCUUUCGCUGGCUUUGAGCAUUAUUGCUGCGGCGUUCGUUUCGUACUCCGUUACAUUGGGAUUGGGGCGCCACACUGCUGCUGUUAUUGCGGAGCAUGGGCAGGAGAGGCUGGCUUUGACGGCUUAUUGGCAGAUUCUGGGAUAUCCCUUUAAUAUCGGCUCCUUCAGCUUCCCAAACAUCUCAAUCGCAAUCCUAAUCAGUAACCUCCUAGACCGAAACCCGUGGCGCACAGGAUGUCUGUACACAAUGACAACACUCCAAGUGCUAUUCGCUCUAAUAUCAGUUUUCGUCAUAUUUUUCCAAUGCACACCCACAGCCGCCCUCUGGGAUCCCUCUGUGAAGGGAACAUGUUGGAGCCCGAAGGUCUUCAAUGACUACUCAUACUGGGUUAGCGCAUAUACGACAUUUACAGACAUUGUUUUGGCCGUUGUGCCUAUUCGCGCUUUUUGGAAUUUGCAGAUGCGGUUUUCGACCAAGUUGGGGAUUUGUAUUAUGAUGGGAUUGACGCUGCUCUCCGCUAUUGUUACUGUUGUCAAGGCUACUUAUUUGCAUCUCUUUACUGAUCGGACAGAUCCUUUGUUCAAUGUUGUUCCGCUUGUGCUGUGGGGACUCGUCGAGCAGAAUGUCGUCAUUGUCGCUGCAUGUAUACCCACACUUCGCCCAUUCUUCCGCAAGACUUUCGAGUCAAAAGCCUCUCAUUCCGAAACUGGAAACCCAAGCUCAGGGGUAGGCUUCAAACUUUCAUCCAACCCCUCUCAUAGCGCCGUUAAACCCAUCGGCUCAGAAUCAGAACUUCCGCUUGAGAGAUCAAAACGGCAAGCAUUUGAUGUUGAGAGCAAUAAUAGCCAGCAGGGUAUCUGGCAAACACAAGAGAUAUCUGUGGAGAGUGAUGAAGAGACGGACUUGGAGGGUGGACAACGCAGGAAGUACCAAGAAGUGGUACCAGCCAAUCUGCACAGUGGAAAAUAG